AUGGACGAGUCAUUUAGCCAACCACCCGAACCGCGCGAGGAUCGAGGCCCUCGAAUUCCUCCCGCAAAGCUCUCAACGAUCAAACCCGACCCAACAAUCUCCCUCUUCUUCAAGCCAACCAAGACCUCCCCUUUAGUCCUCGUUGACAGCAAAUUCUCUCGAGAUGCCGCCAUGAUCUUCUGCGACCGCAUUCGCCACGAUCUGAUGGAUAACAACAGCAAAUCCUUCACCAUUGUUGGUGGCAACCUGAACGGUCUCAAGGAGGUUGUGGCUUGGAUCAAACAGUGCGUUGCCGAACAGAGCAUUGUCAAGUUCAAAGAUCUCGAGGACGACGCACCCGACCUAUUCACCACCUACGUUAACGUCAUCAUCUCCGCGUACUACCUUGGUAUCCCGCCGCGCGACCUCUCCGAUCAUAUCCUCAAACGAAUGUCCGGCAUCGCUCGCAAGCGUCUCAUGAGCUGGGACGAAGUCGAAUGGUUCUACACGACCCCUCUACUGGCGGUGCUGCCCAACGACAAAGAAAAGGCCGUUCGUGAAGUUGCUGCCACUUCCGUGUUCUGGGCGUGGUGGAACGGCAAGCUUGAUGAGAACGAGACCCCCGAGGAGAUGAUGACUUUGAGCGUUUUGAGGCAAGAGAACAGCAAGCUGGACCAGGAUUUGCACGAUUGGUGUGAGAGGAACGAGGCGGAAGUGCGGAAGAAAUGGGAGGAAAAGGACAAAGCGAAGAAGUCGGGCGGCCUUGCCAAUGGUCACCAUGACGAAAAUGGACAUGCGGUCGGCAGCGCCAGCGGAGGCGGAGACGGAGGCGGAGGGGACGAAGCAACAACUGUGGCUUCUCCAGAGACUAAGAAUUGGGAUACGUUCAGCGGCGAAGGACCAUUGGGCCCUCCCAACUCGGUCGCAACCCAGGACUCCGGCAUCGGAAUGGGAGUCGGUGGUAAGAACAUUCCUUCUGUGCCUCCUACUUUGCCCGCUGUGAAUGAGAUGGACAGCAUCAACGGUGCCGGCGACUGGGCCGAAGAGGUCAGCGAGGUUACUCGGCUCAACAACCAGCAGUGGUAG